GCCAGGGGGCCUUGGAGGGAUUCCAGGGGGCUUUAACAGGUGCUGGGAGGCUUUGGGGGGGUGGCAGGAGCAGCAGAGGGGGUGAUCCUCCGGCAGCCGGGGGUAGGAGCGAGGGUCUGGCCUGCACCGCGCUUCUGUGGCUUGUGGCCCCCUCUCACGACUGCGAGCAGCUCCGGCUAGGUGAAGAACGAUCUUGAAGCAUGACUAAGUUCUUUUCCAGAGAGAUUUUUAACCAUGAACAGCGUUGCCAAAAGCCUUUUGAAAUCAGUUCGAGACGGCCGGGCGGCAUGGCUGAGAAGCAGCUCUGUUCUCUCUGGAAAACAGCGUUUUCGGAGACUAGUUCUGGGAAUAGAGACGAGCUGCGAUGACACCGGCGCUGCUGUGGUGGAUGAUGCCGGCAGCGUGCUGGGAGAAGCGCUGCACUGUCAGAAGGAAGUCCAUGUACAAGCAGGUGGAAUAAUUCCUGUGGUGGCCCAGCAGCUUCACAGAGAAAACAUUGAGCGAGUAAUAACAGAGGCGCUUGGUGUCAGUGGAGUUUCUGUACCUGAACUCGCAGCUAUUGCAACUACAGUAAAGCCGGGACUUGCGCUAAGCCUGGAAGUGGGGCUGCAGUACAGCCUGAACCUGGUGAACAAGUACCAGAAGCCGUUCAUACCCAUUCAUCACAUGGAGGCUCACGCACUGACCGUCAGACUGACACACCACGUGGAAUUUCCCUUCUUGGUUCUUUUACUCUCUGGAGGCCACUGUAUCUUGGCAGUAGCACAAGGAGUUUCCGAUUUCCUUCUGCUUGGACAGUCCAUAGAUAUAGCCCCGGGUGACAUGCUGGAUAAGGUAGCACGAAGACUGUCUUUAAGAAAGCACCCAGAGUGCCACGGCAUGGCUGGGGGGAAGGCGAUAGAGCACUUAGCUCAAACUGGGAACCAGCAACAGCACAAGUUCAGACCUCCCCUGCAACAUUACCGUAACUGUGACUUUUCUUUCUCUGGACUUCAGAGCCUUGUCAAUAAAGCCAUUAUACAAAAAGAAAAAGAAGAAGGUAUUCAAGAAGGUGAGAUCCUGUCCUGUGUUAAGGAUAUUGCUGCUGCCGUACAGCAUGCAGUGGCAGUUCAUAUUAUCCAGCGGACGUACCGAGCCAUGCUGUUCUGCAUAAAAAAUAGCAUAUUAUCAUCAAACAAUGCAACUUUGGUUGUAUCAGGAGGCGUUGCAAGUAAUCAGUACAUCCGAAAAGGUCUACAGACUUUGGCAGAUACAAAUGAUUUUGCUUUCCUGUGUCCUCCUCCAAGACUGUGCACCGAUAACGGUGUGAUGAUUGCGUGGAAUGGCAUUGAAAGGUUACGUGCAGGACUUGGUGUUCUCCGUUGUACUGAUGGCAUCCGCUAUGAGCCAAAAGCUCCCCUUGGAAUUGAUAUUUCAAAAAGAGUUGAAGAAGAUUCCAUCAAGGUGCCAAAACUAAAAAAGAAGAUAGGGUGGCUGGCGUCUUAAAAAGUAACUUAGUAAAGUAAAUGCAACUAUUAAGUUGCGGUUUCAACGUUGUUGCAUUUACGGGCAGUACAUGGUUUACAACUGCUGAAAAUCACCUGCCAGAGAGAUAAAUGCUGUGUGGUAUCACCAAAAUGAGUCCAGUUAACUGUUCCACCAAUAUCUAGAAGUUGCAGAUACUAAAACAAUUAAAAAAAAAAUUAAAAGUGCACUUUCUCAUAAAUUUACAGAAAUUAACAUCUACAUUAUUUAUAUUUUAUAACUGAUAAGACUCAUAUAUUUAAAUAUAAUUUAACAAUAUAAUAUAUAAUUCAUAAGGUUUAUAAUUUACACUACAUGUUAAAAAAAUUUCAUACCUUUCAUGACUGAAAAGGUACAGAAAGUGAACAUGAGAGCGCACAGAUUUUCAAGGAGAUCUGUCUUAGCUGUGCCAGUACAAAUUAAUUUUACCACUACCAAUAUUUCUGCUGCUGGUGUGAGAAGCCUAUUCUUACUUAUACAAAAUCACAAUGUUGGGUUAUAGGGCUAGUGACUUAAUUUUUCUCCUUUUUUCAUAAACAGCUCAGUAAAACUAAUCACAGUGUAAGUGAACUAUGUUAGGAUGCAAGUUCUGAGGUUUGAUGUGAAUAAUGGGUUCUUUGACCUUGCUUUUGAUAAUCAGUAUAAUACACUUUUACAUUAUUAUUCAUUGCAGUGGUGUUUACUGGAAUAAAUACUUCAAGUAUUAAGCACCUCUUCAGUAAGUUUUCUCAUUCAUAAUGCAUGUUUAAAAUUGCCUCCAUUUAAAUACAAAUAACUGCGGUUUGUGGCACAGUUAUAAAUGAACAAAUUGCCUGUUGUUUUAAAUGUGGAGGGUUUUUUUCUUUUAACCUGAGGGCAAGAUGGAACAAAUUAACAAGGUACAUGCAUUAUUUUUUAGUCCAGUAUUUAAUUUUCAGAAGAAGGUUAAUAUCCCUCAUUGAACAGAAAGCAUUGGAAGAGUACAUAGUAUUUGCUUUUUGUAACGUAGCCUCUGGAUUCUCCUUUUCAUGGGAUUUCAAUUACAAGUAAUUUACCUUUUGGUAAUUUAUCUGUAUCAUUAAGUAGUUUAUCUUCUUGGUAAUCUAUAAUUUAAUAAAUUUUAAGUAUCACAUUUUAUAGGCCCUAACCAGCAGUACAUUUAUACACCUGGCUCACUGGUUUCAACAUAGAUUGAAAGACUGGCAAACUAACAGUGAGCAAAACAUCCAUAUUACGCAAUCUCUCAGUUAUCCCAGUUUUUAGUGCUGGUCGUACCUUCCUUGGGAUCAACAAGCCAGUCAGUCUUGCUCCUCAAGAGUCUCUCCCUGCGUCCAAACGUUCUGAACACUGAGGAGGAAGAAAUCCCUACAUAGCUGUGUUUUGCGAUAGAAGAAAUGCUGAUAAAAUCCAACACAGAAUUCCCAUUAGGGAUGCAGCCUUAUGAACUGGAGGUGCAGUGGUUCAAUCACAUCCCAGGCCUCCCAAAACUACUGUUGGUUGGCCCAGAGAGCUUCAUUCUAAUACCACAAAAACAUUUUUGCAUGAUACUAUAAAUACAGUUAACAGAUCACUAUCAUGUUUAAUCUCAGUUGUGUUUGAGAGUUCGCACAGCAAAGAUGAUUUUUU